AUGGGACGAGUGACAUAUCGACUUGAAACAGUGAAGCGACGAAUUCACAAUAAUUCAGGAGAAAAUGAUAUUCUUGUGGGUGCAUCUAUUCCUCAAACACUACGUGCUAUUACUGUCAAACUUGCACAAGUCAAAGCUAUCAAGGAUAAGCGUGCAAUGCUCAAAUAUACUGAAGAGUUGUUGGAAUUGUUCGGACGCACCGAGGAUUGGGCACAGGUCGCAAAAUAUUCCCGAGAAGUGCAGGAACUUGCGUUUGCAUUAAAAGAACCGCUCAAAGAAGCCAAAGCAUAUCAGCAACUAUCGUUGGCAUCGAGCAAUGAGAGUUUGGACGAAGUGGAAAUAUCCAAAAGAGCGCAUUUUGAUAAUGCACAGUUGCUGCUACGAGAUGCUGCCGGUCUCGUCAAAAGAUCAAAAGAUAUUAGUCCUGAGCAAAAAUUACGAGGGCGAGCUAUGAUUGCCAUGAACUUGGGCAUUGUGUAUAAAUCUAGCGCUGCUCCAGAUAAAGGAAUUGCUGCAAUACAAAGAUCGCUUCAGAUUUUUUCUCAAAUAGGAGAUAUUCAACAACAGGCAAAUGCAUUUUUCAAUUUAGCAACAUGUUUUGAUGUAAAAUUGGAUUAUGCUCAAGCGCUCAAGUUUGGGAAACAAGAACAGGAAUUGUUUCAUAAGCUUGGCGAUAUAGACGGCGAGCUCAAGUCUCUUUGGGAUAAUUGUUAUCGUUUACGAAAACUUGGACAAUUUGUUGAGCGAAAAAUUGCUUUAGAAAAAUAUAAAGGUAUGCUUGAGAUUAUUGAGUUAUCAUUGAAGCAUGGUGCUCACACUUGCCAAUAUUUUACAACAGAAAUUUCAAAAAAAUACAAUUAUGCAGAAGAACUGGAGCAAUGCCAGGAUGCAUUGGAAUCGGCAAAGCGAGAUAUCGAGCUUUCAAAGAAAUUGGCACCAUUAUCUCGAACAAUUUUAGAUGCACAGCUCAAGAAUGAGUAUCGGAGACAAUAUAUUUCGUUGAGCGAAAAGGCUAGCAUAAACAUGGAGUUGGGGUUGAUUACAGAUGAAGUGGUUGAUUUAAAAGCAUUGCUGAGUCUCUCCAUCACUUUGAAAGAAUCUGCUAAUCAUAUCAACAAAAUAAGAUAUCGUCUAGGCGAAGCCUAUUUUAAUCUGAGUCAAUGGGAGUCUGCUCAAACUUAUUAUCGAGAGUUUAUGAAAUAUGACGACGUGGAUUCAUGCGAUCCCAUUACAUUGAAUGCCAUGUGGAAAUUGAUUCAAGCAAUGACCAAUGGUGGAUCAACAUUUCAGAUAUUACGAAAGUUGCAUAGUGAUGCGUUUGAUUUGGCUGAAAGGCUUAAGGACGUGGAGAUGCAACUGAAAAUCCUAGAAAGUUUGAGACAUUUAUGCCAAAGAUUUAACUUUAUUGACCAAGUCAAGUUUUUGACAGCCCAGAUUGAGUAUUUGAGUUCACGUACACGUUUACAAAGCUCUAAUCCUAGUAGUGCUACUGACGAUUUAGGGUCGCAAGAUUCUGAAGAUUUUGAGCAAAUUGAUUCACAAUCUUUUGAAUGUUCAAGUGCAAAUCGUCAAGUAUUAUCGUGCAAUUCGCACACGUCAGAUUGCUCUAAGCAAAACAUAACGACUACUUCCUCGUCUAAAAGAUUGCGUGACCAUCCAAAGCCUAUCAAAACUAUUAAUGCAUCAAAGGGUAUUGUCGAUCUUGUUUCCAGCCCAAUCGACACAACCAAUGCGACCACUUCAAAUCCACUCUAUUUAGAGGCACACCAGCAGCUACUGGAUGACAGUGAUGAUUCGGAUCAUUCUGGUCCUGUUGUUCCACUACAAAGGGGACGUACACGAAAAAGAAUUUUGGCAGAGUCAAUGUCGGAAAACUCGGAUAUUUUUUCUGGAAAAGCAAGCAUAAGUCUACCAAAAACCACUCAUCAAUGUACUGAUCAUAUAUACGAAUCAAGUACUACAUUGAAUUCACUAGAACUGUUGUCUUCCACCGGGAUGCAUUCUAAAACAAAUCCAGAAACUGUGACUGUGCACUUACCACCAAUUAACACUCAAGUGAUUUGCUCUUCUCCAAUUUCAACUGCACACACUGCUUCUUCAUUAAAUAGCCCUUCAGUACAUUGUUUAACACCUCGACAAAGCACCGCUGUUCAAAUUGAAUUUCCACACUCCCAUACCUCGUCAAAAUUGCUUGAAAUUGAGUGUACCAGUGGACCAUCAGGAACUCCAAGAACAGUGGGUUGGGUCAUUGCAGAAGCUCGACGCAGGUACCUCCACGCGUUUGAUGGACAACCUCCAAAAUUUCAGUUGGCCAUGAAAGGAAGCAAGGAUACGUCUGAGAAAUUACUAGCGGAGCGAGAAACCGUGCUAGAUUUGAGCAGUGACAGAUUGCUACGGCUCAAAGCCAUUUUAUUGCCUGCCGCAUCAAUAUAG